AUGCCUACUGCACAUCCUGGUUAUCAUUGUCUUUACUUGUAUGCUUCCCAUACAUCUCACCACUUCCUUAAGUCAGCCGCUAGGAAACCCGCAGAAAAUACCAUGGUUGAUCACAAACGCUCCGAGGAUGCUGAGCUUCCUCAUAUAAAACUCGAAAACACCGCCAGAGACAUAGCUGAUAUACCUUUCAAUCAUCUCCAAAACGUCGCUAAUCCAUUCAAGGCAGAUUCUGGAGAAGAAUCGGAGCUUGUCAUAAAAUGGGGCGAGACUAUGGCUACAAUGUGCGAGGUCAAUCAUCGUGGUCUCUAUCUAAUCAUGUCAUUUUACCAUCAAAUUGACCACCGCCGUCAACUUCUCAAGCUAUCGGAAUAUAGUUCUGCAUCCGACGUCCAAUCAUUACAGCCAUUCAUUCGAGGUCUUCCAGAAUGCAAGACGUUAAUGUCUCAAGCAUUGGCAUCAUAUCUGAACCAAGAUCAUCCCGAACCAGUUUUCAGAUUAACAAAAUGGAUGCAAUCAACCUUUGGGCAGAACUUCUACCCCCCACCUAAGUUCUUGAGGGUCUCCGGCUUUUCAGACAAUAUAUGGCAAUUUGCCGUCGUCAAUCCACCAACAAAAAUACAAGAUCAGUUUGACGCAGCUGUCAUGUUCCAUGGCCAAACCUCCGUACGACGGCAUGGUACCGCUAUCAAUACACUUCACUCCAUCCUUCAAAAUGGUUUCCUGACGGAUAAAAUCUGGACUGCAGGAAUGCCGGGCGUCUCAUGGCGAUAUGCUUUCAAGAAGGGCGCUCGCGAAGCACUUGAAUCGGUUUGUCAUCCACUAUUCGAUCAUGGCGUAUUAUUAGGUCUCGAAGUUGCCGGGCCUCCAAAUAAGAAUAUCGUCACCCGUCUACAGGUUGAAACUGACAGAUAA